AUGCAUUUCAAAGCUUACAGUCCUACCAAUGUCAAGAAAUAUUUGAACGCUAUGCUUUCUGAGGCAGAUAAGACGGAGGGUUAUAUCAACACUCUACUCGACCUACGACAAGCGGAAUUCGGCAGAUUACAAGCAUAUGAUUCAGCUAGACAGUCCAACAGUAUCUUUGUGUUUACAAUCAUGACCAUCGUAUUUCUUCCUCUCUCAUUCCUGACGUCUCUCUUCGCGCUGAACGUAUCCGAUUUUCCCCACGAAGUUGGUGUCACCGCACUUAUUUCUGUUCCAGCUAUCAUUUUCGCGUGGAAAGUCAACGCUAUUUCUAGCUUUCGACCACGAAACAAUAUAUCCAGUGCAAGUUUAAAGCAUACUGAUGUUAUAAAAAGAGUUCGUGGUAUGGUGAGAAGGAGAAGUAGGAGAUCGUAUGAUUCUGAGGCCCAAUAAUGGCACGCGGGCAAAAUGUACACGCAUGAGCUGGAAAGUAUAUUGAUGGAAUUUUCUUUAGCAUAUAAAUGAAUUA